UAAUAAACUUCUAUUGGUUUUGGAUAUAUACAUAUACAUAUACAUAUAUAUAUAUAUAUAUAUAUAUAUAUAUAUAUCCGAAUGGGUUCGCGAUACGAAGAAAUGGUUCAAGUAUAUAUCAAGUUGAAACAUGAAGAGGCUUAUCUUAUGCUGUUCUGUCGAAUGAGUAUUUGGCGUGAGAAUACAAAAGGGAAACGACGUAACAAGAGUCACUACUGUCCAAAAUGUAAUCGCGGAUUUACGCUGAAGAAGAACAUGAAUCGUCAUUUACGUCACGAAUGUGGAAUGGCACCGAAAUAUCAAUGCCCAUAUUGCUGCAAACUAUCGAAAUUCAGUCAAAAUAUUUACUCCCAUAUUCGAAAAUAUCAUCCAGACUUUUCGUUCCUCAAUGAAGAAAUAAUCGACGAUUUAAAACAUCUUUUUGUAAAUUGUGUCUUCUUCUUCUUCUUGUUUUUUCUUUUUUUUUUGUUAACGCGCCUCUAUCCAAAGAGAACGCUUAAUCUUUAAUUUUCAGAUUUUUCAUUUUGGAUCUUAUCCGAUGUUGUUAUGAAAACGUCAUUCCUUUCGUCUCAGUUAAUCAUAACUGAUACGACAAGAAAAGUAUGAUUGGAUUAUGUUGAUAAGAAAUAUACAAAGUGUUGUUUAAAUAACUAUAAAGAAAAAUUAUUAUUAUUCCUUCCUGUAUUAAUUACAUCGCAAUUAAUCAUUCACAUUCAUUAAUUGUCAUUUAAAGAAUCGACUAUAUGUAUAUGACUUGUUCGUAGUUGCCGUUGUUUCGUCCGUAACGAGAAAAAAAAAAUAAAAAAAUAAAAAAAAAAAAAAAAGGAAGGAAACGAAACAACAAAAAAAAAAAAAAAAAAAAAAAAAAGAAACGAAACACCGAACGAAAUCAAAAAAAGAGAGAGAAUGAAAGAGAAAGAAAAUGGUCAAAGAGAAAGAAAGAAAGAAAGAAAGAAAGAAAGAAAGAGAAUUGCCCUCGCAAAUUGCUAAAUAAUAAUUAAACCUAAUUGCAUUUCCUCUGAUGCGAAAACCAU